AUGUCUAUCAUUGUAGAUAAUGUGCGAGCCUGGGAGGCCGACAUCGACAACAUCACACAAGGCCCGCUUGCCGCCUUCCAGCAUGGGUCUGCCGGCACGGCGAGCGCGGCGGGCGAGCAGGCCGGCUUGAUGGCCGACCUGUCGUCCCCCUACGUCGACCGGCUACUCAACAUUGUCAAGACGCUGAGCUCCACGUCGUCGUCGCAACCGAUCCUGCCGGCACACCGAAUUCGCGGGCUGCUGUGGCAGUCUGGGCUGCUGGAAGAGCAGACAGAGAAGAACGUGCUGCAGCCGCAGUCGAAUCGAGAGGGCGAGGAGUCGGACAAGACGGAAGAGGAUGAACAGACGGAGCAGGACGACAGCAGCGACGAGGGCUCCGAGCCUGAAGCGACCCAGCGGCGGCUGCCGGUGACGGCUGGCGGAAAGGGUGCGCUGGCCGAAGAGGUCGAGUGGCUGCUCGUGAGCAAGGCGACGGUGCAGACGUACGGUGUGCUGCUGAACACGCUGCUGGAGCAGAUCAUCCCGCUGCACGACGACAUAUGGUACUGGGACGACAUCCUGACGUCAUACACGAGCCUGAGCCUGUUCACGGUGCAGACGUCACCGCUGCGUUUCUGGCAAUGGAUCCGGGAGAUGGGCCAAGUUGUGGGUGAGAGCCGGGUGCGGUUUGGGGCGCUGCGGCGGCAGUCUCCCAUCGGGGCACUACAGGCCGGGGGGACCUCGCUGUCGCAGCAGUGGCAGCAAUUUUACGGGAUCGUGCGGCGAGGCAUCGCAGCGCGGUCGUUUGCCGACCUGGAGCGGCGGCUGCUGUCGCCGGUGGCGCGAUGCCGGGCCGAUGCACGACAGAGCCAGAAGCGUCUGAGACAGAUGCGGCAGCUGAUUGCCAGUGGGCUGGGCAUCCUGAUCGACGAGGGACUGCGUUUCGACCUAGACGAGGGCGCCGAUGUCAAGGACAUCACGGCCGACAACGGGCGACGGUGGAAGGGCGUGGUGGAGCGCAGCGUGUCGCUGAUGGACCAGGUCAGCACAGACGUGCUGGCGGUUGACUCGGCAAUCCCGGACUUUGAGGACAAGGUGUUCAACGACGUGCAGGGCGACCCGAUCCUGACGGCCAACCAGUUCGAGACCAACAAGCCGGCACGGCUGGCGCGACGUCUGGACCGGCUGCUGGCCGAGGGCAUCCCGAAUCUGGUCGGCAGUCUCAGGCUGGUGGUGACGGCCGACGGUCGGCCAACACGGCUGGUGCGGUACUGGCUGCCGGCGGGCCUGCUGCUGCUGUCAUCGUCGACGCUGCUGCGGGUGGUGGCCAACCGACGGGCGGACAUUGCGCAGUGGAUCGCCGACCUGGGCUCGACGAUGCGCGACUUCUGGUUCAACUGGGUGGUCGAGCCAGUGGCCAAGGUGGUGGGGACGAUUCGGCACGACGCCAACAGCGAGAUCGCGAUCAUGAGCCGAGACAGUCUGCGGGCCGACCGCGACAGCUUGGAGCGGAUGGUGGUGGAUUUUGCGCGGGACCGACCAGAGCUGGCGAUGGGUACGGCAACGCUGACGGAGGCGGACAUUGUGAGCAUCCGGACCAAGGUGCAGGAGGGCGAUGUGACGCCGGUGCUGCGGGCAUACGAAAACGGGCUGCGCAAGCCGCUGCAGGGAGCCGUGCGCGGAGACCUGGUACGAUCGCUGCUGAUCCAGGUGCAGAAGACCAAGGUGGACCUGGAGGUGGCCAUCAGCGGGAUCGACGCGCUGCUGAAGAGCCAGGAGCUGGUGUUUGGAUUUGUAGGCCUGACGCCGGGCGUGCUGGUCAGCGUGGGUGUGCUGCAGUACGUGCGUGGUGUGCUGGGUGGCCGCAAGGGUCUGAGACGCGGGCAGCGAGCCGGCCGCUGCAUCCGGGUGCUGCGCAACAUUGACCGCAUCUUCUGCGACGCCACGACGGACCCGGCGACGCUGAACGGAAUCCUCUCGUACAAGCACCGCGGGCUGCUGGUGUGCGAGGUGCACGUGCUGCGCAGCGUCACGCAGCGGCUGUUCCCGGGCGAUGUCGAGAAGGAGUUUCUCGAAGACGUCGACGAGAUGCUGAAUGCGAAGACGGUCGAGAAGCAGCGCCAGGCCCUGGAGCGGGUGCGCUGGGUGUACGCCAAGUAUCUGCGGUAG